CUGGCAGCCCGGCGGUCGGUCCUGGGCCGGCGGCCCCCGCCAGCCACAGCCGCCGCCGCCGGCCCCGCCCCCGGGCACCAUGCUGCCCUCGCAGGAGGCCUCCAAGCUCUACCACGAGCACUACAUGCGGAACUCGCGGGCCAUCGGCGUGCUAUGGGCCAUCUUCACCAUCUGCUUCGCCAUCAUCAACGUCGUGGUCUUCAUCCAGCCCUACUGGGUGGGCGACAGCGUGAGCACCCCCAAGCCUGGCUACUUCGGCCUCUUCCACUACUGUGUGGGCAGCGGGCUGGCGGGCCGCGAGCUCACCUGCCGCGGCUCGUUCACCGACUUCAGCACCAUCCCGUCCGGCGCCUUCAAGGCGGCCGCGUUCUUCGUGCUGCUCUCCAUGGUGCUGAUACUCGGCUGCAUCACCUGCUUUGCGCUUUUCUUCUUCUGCAACACGGCCACCGUCUACAAAAUCUGCGCCUGGAUGCAGCUCUUGGCAGCUCUGUGCCUCGUGCUGGGCUGCAUGAUCUUCCCCGACGGCUGGGAUGCAGAGACUAUCCGGGACAUGUGCGGGGCCAAGACCGGGAAGUACUCCCUGGGGGACUGUUCCGUGCGCUGGGCGUACAUCCUGGCCAUCAUCGGCAUCCUCAACGCCCUCAUCCUCUCCUUCCUCGCCUUUGUGCUGGGGAACCGGCAAACAGACCUGCUGCAGGAGGAGCUCAAACAGGAGAACAAAGAUUUUGUGGGCACCACGGUAAGCUCUGUGUUGCGGCCGGGGGGCGAAGUCUCCGGAUGGGGAGUCCUCCCGUGUCCUGUCCCUCACUCGCAGGGACCCUGAAGGCCAGGAUCACAAGCCCAGGAAUGGACCUCCCUCAGCCUGUCUGUUCCCUGCCCUCUCAUCCCUCCGUCAAGCUCCGAGGGAAGACUUCGCACGUGCUACCCGCCUGGGGGCUCCAGGCUUUGAAGAGGUUGGAGCCGGGAUGCAGCCUUUGGGGGGUGGCCUGCGGACGCAGGGAGGGUCUGACUCUACUCUUCCCUCAACUGACCUAAGGGACCUGGACCCCCAGGCCCUUGGGCUGCUUCUCUCCUCUCCAGCCUGGCAGGAGGCACUGUGGUUCUGGUGUUCCAGGCUCCCUCUGUUUGGAGGGCGGCCACCUGGCUGAAUCCUCACCUCUGGCCCCUGCCUUCUGCAGAAACUCAUUCAAGACACUGCCCAGGGUGGUCUGGACUCUUUCCUACUUUUGUUUUUCUGGGGGCCAGUGGUGGUUCCAUCACCUUGUCACAUAGCUCCAGGCACCACCAGCCUCCCCGGGGCCUCUCUACCCGACUCCAGCCUGCUCCCAACUCUCCCAAAGGAGUCUGAGCUGCCCCAAGGGAGAAAGCACAGGGCCUCCCAGCCAACUGCUGACUGGGGCCUUGUUCAGCCCAGAGUCUUAGAAAAGACACACAGGCUCUGGCGGCAGCAGGAGGAGGCACUCUGACUCCUGUCUUGGUGGUGCCUGACAUGGUAGCUGGGGUUGGAGGCUGCUCAGCCUGGGGCUAGCCUGGCCUCCAACCUGUUGGGAGGUCUCACCAGUGACUGGACCCUUGACCCUGGCCUGUUUUGUAUAGCACAGACGUCUUGGCCCUGUUGUCAGGGCUGGGGGUUGGGGGUGAGUGGGGAGUUUGGGGAUGUAUCACCCCUCUACCCUUCUCACGCUCCCUGACCCUGGGCAUCUGCCAAGGGCAGAGACUGUCUUGCCUCUUUGAUACUUUUCUGUAUAACUUGAACUUGCAGGUCACCUCUGAACAGGGUACCCCCUGUCCCCAUCCCCAGGCCUUGUAACCCUGUCCCCACCUCUUCUCCCUCAUGCCGGCCUCUCACCUUGUGAUAUGCCCAGGUCUGCAGUCCAAUGGGCAGUGCUUGGAGCCGAGGCAUGUGUGUGUGUGUGUGUGUAUGUGUAUGUGUGUGUGUGUGUGUGAGUGUGCAUGUGUGUGUGUGUAAUUAUUUGUGUGUGGGGCAGAUGAGGUGUCACCUCCCUCCUCCUCCUACUUUGGGGCAUCUCUGUCCCCCUUGGCAGGGAGCAAAUAAGGGAGACUCCAGGUAUUUCUGAAUUCCCCUCACUGCCUCGUGGACCUGACGGGGAGCUAUCUGGCCUGGGGUGUGGAUGGCCCCUUUCAGCUCCCGUUUCAGGCAGCAGGUGGGCUUCAGCUAGUGUGCCUCCUUCUGUCUUGGGUACCGGCUGCCUGGCCCACGGUGGAGCAUGAGGUCCCUGAGCCUCAGCAGGGCAGCGUGUCUCACCAUUUCAUUAAGUCAGCCUCAGCCAAAGGUGGAAGAAAAGCAGCGAGUGCCAUGUAUUUGCCAACCUGUGUUAAUUUCCACAGGACUUGGGCUUGAAAGUUAGGGUCUCCAAGACAGACCUAGAAAUCCUCUGCCUGAGUCCACCCUCUGGACCCUAACUGGAAUCAGAUGCUGGGUCCCGAUAGGAUUCCCGAAACCUGGAACUUACCAAAUCCUGACACCAACCCCUCCUCCCCUGACCCACCCUCUCAACCCUUCUCUUUGGCAAACCCUCCCCCCAGUGCGCUGGCCCCACACCAUGCCUCAUCAUACCUGUUCCCACCAGGCCCCACACUGCAGCCCCAUGGUGUGGGGUGGAUACCGGGGUCCUGUGCUGAUUGGGAGGGACAGAGGGACGGGGCAAAAGUGAGUUCCUCAAAGAUUCGAACCAAAGCCCCAUGUUGGAAGGCUGCGGGAGUGGGGCUGGAAGCUAGUGAUGAAGAAUGGGGGGAGGACUGCGGGAGAGGGAGCUAGGGAG